AUGGCCUAUUAUGACGCAAUCCGAGAUCCUCUGACAUUCAUUCGAAAAGUCCGGGUCAAGACCAACUUUGCGACCCUUUCUCUAGACAGCGCCUGGUCAAGCAAUACAAGUCACUGGGGCAGAGAGCAUCUCUUCGCGAGCCGUGUACUAUGUAGCGCACAGGCUCCACGUCUACAACUAUUCCAAGCCUUACAGCUCUUCCCUGAAAACCCUACAUCCGAGAACCAUCGUCUUUCUCUUCUCGUUAAAGGACCGGGGAACCUGGCAGACUUGAGGCACUAUUCAGAAGCGCAGUUCGUUCGGGAGUUCCAACCGGAUAGCCUUGGUUAUGUAUGGGCCGCCCUGAAUCAUUUCGUUAAUCACAGAAACACGUCCACUGUUGCUACUGCAGCUACUACCGACAGGUCGGACGAUUGGGAGAUGGCAACAGCCGUACCUACAACACCAAAUAGACAGCCUGGCAAGUCGGAGUUCCAUGGGUCUCUUGCCCAGCCUCAACAAGCGCAGCUUGGUAGUAGCUCUCGCGACACUUUCAAGCGUCAGUCAAACUCGCUAUCCGAAUAUAAAUUUGGCUACUUUGAAGAGGUCGACUUUCCCCCCCUUCAGGAUGCCACUGUGCGUCUUGUAAAUUGUUUUAUUCGGUACGUCUUGCAUUACGCACAGCCCCCCAACAAAGAGUCUCCUCUCCAAUUCCGCGAGAAGCGGUUUGCCUACACUGUCUUUCAUGCCGAGAAAAAGUACACUCACGCUGUUGAUGACGGUGGAUUACAUUUGUUCAACCAGUAUGGAAUGUCUGUUCAAGUUGCAAUGUUGGAAAGCAAGCAGGUAUUUAAGAAUCUGGUGAGCGGAGUGCCGAUUGUUUCCGAUGAGCUUCUGGCGCAAAUGGUUGGGCAAGUACUCGCCCUUCGACUUGAUAAGACACAACUCAGAAUUUCAGAUACGGAGUAA